GACAAUGGCUGGAUCAGUACGAGGGCCUUUGGGGAUGGCGGCGGCGACGCUGGCAAUGCUGAUGGCAGGAGCCGCCCUGACUGCUCUUGUUGCACAUUCGCAAUACAAUUCCAGUGGCGUUAGGACCGAGCUUGCAUCGAUGAACAGGAGACAGCGCUUCACAAUGUUGGACCAUUUGGAUGCAGGAGAGAGCGCCGAUGGAGAGUAUGAGGAUCAGACUGGAGACGGAUAUGAGUGCUGCUGGCAUGCUCCUAACCCAAAGCUUGCAAGCACCACUGUCGCUUCCAAGGUUGGACCCAACGGAUGGGGCUCCAAGGCAGAUGCUGAUGGUUCUGUCGACCACUACACCAACGCUCUCGGAGAUGUCCCCGAGUGGGUCUUCAAGGGCACUGCCGAUCAUCAGUGGAAGGACUACGACUCGGUGUACGGGCAGCAGUGGUAUGAGAACACUUAUCCCUCCGGCGAGUCAGGCAUUUAAAGCUGCUCUAUUUCCUGAGCGUGUGCAAGUAAAGACUUGAAAACUC